AUGGUCACGCCCAGCGAGCCUGUGCACAAAGAUGCUCCCUCAGUGUACCAUCAAAUUAUGGCCCUCUUCAUGGAUCGAAGUGCGAAAUCGGCCAAACUUUGUCUCGCUUCUGUACCUGUUCCUAGUCCAGAGCACGAACGAAUGUUUCUCUGUGUUAUAAACGGUCUCGCCAAUAUGGCCGCAUGGAUUCAAGGUGAGUUGGAAUUGAUCGACCUUCUCGGACGCCUUCUGGUGCAUUUCGUCCAGUUGGAUGUUGAACUCCGAGUUGAAUUCAAGAACAGUAGCAUUGCAAGUCUAUUUCCCUUCCUACUAUUACAUUUUUACACUCCUUCAGUCUCUUCUUCCUACUGUAUCGAUCACUUGGUUCCAGUUAUCGCUAUUCUUCUCAGUCGAUUGCCUCCUAUCACUAAUCCUAAUGUUAGUCUACGUAAACUCUUCCGCGAUUUCUGGUUCUAUAGCGUCGUAAGAGAUAUGAUUCAAUCUGAAUCCAAUCCUCAAAAUCUGAUUCUUAGUUUCCGCGAGAUUGCGGCUAAAUCGCCUACUCUUUUAAGUAGAGAACCACUGCGUUCGGAUCUGCAAUUUUCAGAGUGGAAAGAUAUGAAUCAAGCGACCCAGCAGAACUUGAAGGAUCAACUAUGCACCAUUCUGGCACCGACUAACAAGGCGGGUACACUGGACAGACCUACCGCUACGAGUAUCAAAAUGAUGACAAUCGCUCAGUCGGCUUAUCUUAUGUCUGUCUAUCAACUUGAGUCACUCAGGCUGACGUUUUCAGUUGAGGGAUUGACCUACCGUUCCAAAUCUUAG